AUGCUUCUACUAUCGGGCCGCGUCUUGCUGGGUGUAUUCCUCUUCGUCCAGUUAGCCCACGGUGCCCCAGGUAAUUAUUGCAAUAGUGCGCAUUCGUCAAAGGCCGCCGCUGACAUCAAUGCAGCCAUCAACAAGAUAAAUGCUCUGAAAGGAAUUGCAACUGGGACGGCGUACGAUGGGCAGGCUCAGCGCGGGCACGAGUGGCCGCCGCAGUGCCAUCCUCCAAGUAUGAAACAUGCAAACACAUUCCAUCCUGCACAGAACGAGCGUCACAUCUCUGCACUGCAGAUUGUGGAUUGUAACCCUGUCUCCUCGCCAGCCAACAAGAUUACCACCUUAUUCAACUUCCUGGGAAUUAUAGCAGGGAAACGCCUCCCAGCCUUGUCCCCCGCUGUGACAGAUAGGACCUUGAGACCGCACAACAUCUCACUUGUCGACAAAGACGACGUGGUCGGCGCCGUCCCAAGAAAAAUCAGCUCUGUCCCAUUUCGCAAAUACAUCGCUGCUCCUCGCAAAGUCCGCGCUGUGACCGCAGAGGAUCCAACCAUGACCUCGACGUUGCCCGCGGACGAAGCCUUCUGGGCUCGGGUUGGGUCGUUGUUCGAUUUCACGCUGAAAUUCGAGGAAAUGGUGCUGAGCAUCUCACUCUCUUCCGCUUUUGCUGUCAUUUCUCCAUUCUUCAUUUGCCACCAUUGCUUUUGGCAACCUCGUUGCGUUUCAUCGGGCCCUUUGCUCUGGUUCGUCUCAACUUGCUUGGUUGCUAUCAAAACAGCCGUGCUGGUGCUCAUCCGCCGCCAACCCGAGUAUUAUACAGAUACCACGACACCCGCGGGCGCCGUCGAUUUGGUCGCUGCUUUCUGUGCCGGGUGCUUGGUCUAUGCGGAGCAUCUUCACACUAUUCGCUCGUCAGGCCCCCUGUCCAUGUAUCUCUUCCUGGUUGGCCUCGCCGACAUCACCAAAAGCCGGUCAUUCUUCUUGCGCUCAGGUCGCGACUCUCUGGGUGGGUUGGAAGCGGCUGCCGCCACCCUAGAAAUCCUCUUGCUCUGUCUCCAAGACGUGUCGAAAAGAUCGGCCAUCACGAACCCAGGUCUCCGCGACAAUGUUGGGCUCGAGGCAACGAGCGGCGCCAUGAGCAGAAUGCUUUUUCUCUAUUUACGACCGGUAUUCUCAACGGGCUUUUAUAAGCAGCUAAUGCUAGAGGAUUUGGAUAAGAUGGAUCCUGAGAUGGCGCCCGAUGUACUCUACAAACAGCUGCGAAGCUUCUGGCGCCCUCGCCAAACCACGCAUUCCACCGGCUCUCGUGGCCUAUUUAGAGCUACCCUCAGGACCUGGAAGAAACAUCUAUUGCCAAUGAUCAGCGCGCGCUUGUCCAUGACCGCACUCAGACUGGCACAGCCUUUUCUUCUCCAGAAAGUCAUUGUCAUGCUCGGCACCGCAGAUACUGGAUCAUACGCAACUGGCAAGAGAAUCGGGUUGGUCGGAGCCACCAUUUUUGUCUUCCUAGGCCUUCCGAUAGCCCAGUCAACAUUUGGCUAUCUGAUGAAUCGAUACGUCGCACGUAUACGAGGCGCCCUUGUGGCAUUGAUGUUCCAUAAAGUCCAUCGUCUGCGCGAGAGUGAAGCCAGAAAUGUGGCUGCCGUCACUCUCAUGACUGCCGAUAUCGACGGUAUAGCAGCAGGCGUCCCCAACUUUGUCGAUAUUCCCUUUAGCAUCGUUGAAAUGAGUCUCGGCAUUUUUGUUCUCUCGACAUUCAUCGAUAUUGCUGCUCUAGCUGUCUUUGCGCCUGUGGCUGUCACCAGCGUUGCGACCUAUAUUCUUGGCCGAAAGAUGGCAACACAUUUUGCAGCCUGGAACAAGAGCGUCCAACACCGCGUAGCCAAGACUGCACGCAUUCUACCGCAAUUAACGACAAUCAAGAUGAUUGGGCUUGGUCCACCGAUAUCUACCCAUUUGCAGACCCUUCGAGCUGAUGAAAUUGCUGUUUCGAGAAAAUAUCGUCUCUUUGAGGCGCUCGCAGCUGGUCCUGUGUUGAUGGCAGAUUUGAUGACACCUGCAAUCGUCAUUAUUGCUUCAUUAUUCGGGCCUGCGUUUCAAGGGCACAUGCUUGCCAGCAAAGUGUUUCCAACACUGACGGUUGUUUCGUUGAUCCAAACCCCCCUUGCCAACUCGUUGAAUAUAUACCCGUUGGUAACCAGCAUGAACAGUUGCUUUCUACGCAUUGAGGACUUUCUAGGCACCUCGGAGAGAGUGGACUCGAGAGUAAAAGUGAACUCUUCUGGUACACCUACCUCCUCAAGCAUGCCCUUGAAUGGCCAUGUUCGCUUCAAUUCUGCCGAUCUUGCCAAGCAUGGCAUGACGGAGCCAAUUAUUCGAGGAGCCAACUUUGAGCUUCCACACGGAUCUAUUACCCCAAUUAUUGGCCGAAUUGGUUCCGGUAAAUCCACCAUUGUGGAAGCUAUACUAGGACACGGCCAAGUCCUCGGCGGUUCUGUCCAAGUUGAUGUCGAUGGUAUCAGCUACUGCGCACAAAGUGUCUGGCUACAAGAUGCGACAAUUCGUCAAAACAUUAUUGGGCAUUUGAAAUAUGAUGAAGCCAAAUUUCGGAAAGUUAUCCAAGCCUGUUUUCUCGAAGAGGACGUUGCUUGGCUGCCCGAUGGAGUUGACUAUGUUGUCGGCGUCAACGGCUCAAACUUAAGCGGCGGCCAACGCCAGCGGGUGGCAAUAGCUAGAACAGCAUACGCCGAGGCCAAAAUCACUAUCCUGGACGAUGCCUUUAGCGCUCUCGAUCGCGAGACGGCGAUAGUCAUUCUCCACCAGUUGUGCGGCAAUGGCGGUAUUCUGCAACGGGCUGGUAGCACCAUCCUUCUCGUCACCUAUCUGCCCGAGUGCAUCGACGUCUGCACCCAUGUUCUCCUCGUCAGUGCCAAUGGCAUCGUCAGCUUCAGCGGAAAACCUCAAUCUCGGGCUGCUCGAAACGAAAUCAUGGCUAUCCUGAACACGUGCAAUACGAACGUGGGAAUGACGGCAGAGAACAAGGAGCAAGAUGCCGUUCGCAGAUCUUUGGACGCAGUCUCGCCGUCGACAUACCCUGAGACCGCAUUGGUGAAGCAGACGGGCAGCUGGAGCUUGUACAGGCUAUUUAUUGACCCAAUCGGGCGGGCCAACUCACUUUUCUACGGCCUCUUUGUUUCUUUAUUUUCGGCCGGUGAGACCCUUCCUGACAUCUACGUACGAGUGUGGGUGGAGCUUCACGCCAACAAUUCAAUCUACUUCGUCGGAUAUUUGGCUAUCAUUCUUGCAACAUGUGUCAUUGGUUGCAUGACCUAUUGGCUGAUGCAUGUGAGGUUGUCUCCGCGAGCCUCCCUCAGCCUGCAUGCCAUGUUGGUGGAACGAACAAUGGGCGCCACUCUGCGGUUCCUCAGCGCGACGAAAACAGGGCAUCUGUUGAACUUUUUCAACCAGGACAUGCUUUUACUGUCUAGAAACUUACCUGCCUCUUUCCUCCGGACAAUUUAUGCCGGGGCCUACGUUGUCUUCCAGAUUGGCGUCGUGCUAUCCGGUGCCAGUUAUCUCGUCAUCAGUCUUCCAUUCCUCACCGUUGCUGUAUACUUUAUACAACGGUAUUACCUCCGCACCUCUCGACAGAUUCGAAUUCUCGAUCUAGAGAUGAAAGCACCGCUCCACACCUAUUUUCAAGAAACAGCGGCCGGCUUGUCUCACAUCCAAGCGUUCAACUGGGUGGAUCAGAGUAUCCAACGGGGACUGGAGCUUCUGGCAGAGUCUCAACGGCCAUACUACGUCUUGAUGAUGAUUCAACAGUGGCUUGUGCUGAUACUUGGUCUCAUCACUGGAUCUCUUGCUGUUCUACUUGUGUCCCUCUCCCUGUUUAUAAACCACGGAGCCUCUGCGUCGUCUGUUGGUCUUUCAUUCCUGAGUCUACUGGCUUUAAGCAAGACGUUUGCAGCGAUGAUCGUUGCUUGGACAGGGCUUGAAAUAAGCGCUGGAGCUUUGUCAAGAUUAUUCGACUUCCGCGAAAACACACCCCAGGAGCUCCAAGUCUCUCAGGAACCACUGCCGAAGCAUUGGCCGUGGAGCGGUCAUGUGUGCUUUCGAGAUGUGGUUGCCCGUUACAACCCAGAAGAUGAGGAAGCGGACCCUGUGCUUGACCACAUUUCCAUUUCCGUGGCGGCAGGUCAACGGGUUGGUCUCGUUGGGCGUAGCGGUAGUGGUAAGAGCUCAUUGCUGUUGACAUUACUCGGCUUUAUUCACUAUGAAGGCGUGGUGGAGAUUGACGGUAUUAAUAUCGGGUCUAUUUCCCGAGACGAGUUAAGGUCGCGCUUGGUCACUAUUUCUCAGGACCAGUUAUGCCUGGAUGGGACCAUUCGGGACAACUUGCUACCCGACACGAUGAAUGAUGUCAAGGAAAAGGCCGCCUCGGAUGAUGAGAAGGUGGCGCUCCAGGACGUCGGGCUGGAGCAGCUUCUCAAAAAAUUUGACAUAUGGGCCCAACUUGCCAGCAAGGGGGGUCUGGAUGCCAUCGUCGACGAUGUUGGCUAUUCCAAGGGACAGCUUCAGUUGCUGUGCAUUGCACGCGCCAUUCAAAAGCAGCGCGACACCAAGAGCAAGCUUGUACUAGUUGACGAGGCCACGAGUAGCCUUGACGAAGCGACAGACAAGGUUGUCAACGACAUUAUGAUGGAAUACUUUUCUGACUGUACGAUGCUGAUGAUUGCCCAUCGUAGGUCUAGCCUGAAGAAUGUCGAGGCAGUGAUUGAGAUGCGCCGAGGUAGGGUUGUGGGAGUGGAAUAUACCCCGCCGUCAACGUAG